CUGUUUGAACAUUCUUGAAAACGAAGUGUGCAGUGUCUGGAUGUUUAAAAAAUCCAUCCUCUUUGUUGUUGUAGUACUAUUUACAACCAUGUUAGGAGAACGUAAAAGAAGAAGCGUUGUUAACACAAUAGCUCAAAUCAAUGUUGUUGUAGCAGCUAUCUAAGCCCCGCUUGGGUGGUAGGAUUCAGGUAUCGAAGUUAUCUAACGGUAAAUUUGCUGUUUCGACAGGGUCGGACCAUAAAGGCAGUCGGGUCUACGUACCCGAAACGGAUCCGGAUUUUUAUCCGCACAAGGACUGUCUACUUGGCAGCGUUCUUCAUAUUUAUUUCAGGAAGGUUUUCUGCCGCUACAACAACAACAUUAAUGGGAUUCAUUGGGCAUGCAGAGGUGGUUAGAGCCAUGUGGGGAUUGAUUGCACGCAGGACUUAUAUUUGGUAUUUUUUUAGAUUAUAUGAAUUAAGGUAUUCGGUCAAAUGUAAUCAAAUUUACGUUCCCUAAGACUGAAGAAAUUUUAGAUAUGUAAGUGAAGUGAAAAUUAUCUAAAUCUACUGGGAGCUCCUCUAUGAGCGAUUAAUGGAAGAGGAGGUUAAAAGUUCAACUCCAUAUGUGUAAUGCACAUAUUUCAAUUGAGAAUUCUGUAGUUCACUAAUAAAAUUUUGAUAGAAUAACGAUCGAUUGAUUCAUAUAUGAAGAACUAUUAUUCGACGGAAUUAUAGGAAUAUAAGGAAUUCUACCAUUUGUGAAUAUUUGAUAUAUUUAUAAAAAAAACAGUAUGGUACCAUUGGCAUCGGUAGCCGAAUGAUACAGUUGCUUUUAGUUUACCUUAAUUACACAAAAUAUAUAUAAAAUGUGAAACUACGUGGCAUCUCAUUUGGUAAAACGUCUAUUUGAAGUUGUCAAUUCGGAACACUAGUGCACGUGUGGGAUUUGUUGUUAAUCUUUUUAUUUUACAAACUACAUUAACUUUACAAUAAAAAUGAAGAGAAAACCGCAACUGGAAGCUGAAACCGAUUCCGAAUAUUAUUCGGAUGAUAAUUCAGACGAAGAGCUUCAAGAAGCCUUUGCUCGUGGCGACCUUAAACCGGGUUUGAACAUAGAGUUCAGCUCAGGAAGAGAGAAAGUCAACAAUAUCCCAAAACUGCUAGCCAAAACAGAUGAAAUUAAACUAGAUUUGCCAUGGAUAGAAAGAAUGGAUAUGGUAAAUGAUUUGGCUCCACUGGCACCUGAAUUAGUCGUGCAGUUAGAGAAACAUGAGCAGAAGCGUGUUAAUAUGUUUAAAGGCAACGCUAAAAUUCCAUAUGUGCGUCCGGACGAAGAUCCUAUACUAAAUGACUUUAAACGUGAAAUGCUAUUUCAUCGCCAAGCACAGGCCGCCGUAUUGGAGGGAAUACAACUUUUACAUUCUGCGGAGGUUGUUACGCGUCGUCCCGAUGACUAUUUUGCUGAAAUGGCUAAAUCUGACGAACAUAUGCAAAAGGUACGUGCUAAUCUUAUGGCCAAGCAAGAGGGUCAAGCUAAGUCGGAACGUAUCAAGCAAAUACGUGAACAACGUAAAAUGGGCAAAUUACUUGCAAAACAAACAAAAGUACAGCGGGAAAUGGAAAAGAAAGAUAUGUUGGAUAAGUUGAAGAAAUUCCGAAAAGGCAAAUUGAAAAAUCUUGACUUCUUGGAGGAUGCUAAGGCCUUAGAAUCACAAAAGAAAAAAUCAACAGAUAAGCGGAAACAACGUAAUAAGAAGUUUGGGUUUGGUGGUAAAAAGAAGGGCCAAAAACGAAACACAAAAUCCUCUGCCGGCGGAUUCGAAAAAGUGAAAAAUUUUAGGAAAGGCGCAAAAGCUUCGAGCAGUGGAAACAAACGGCUAGGAAAAUCACGCCGAUUGAGAUCCAAAUCACAGAAAUAAUAUAUUUUUAAUAUUCAUAGUCUAGGCCUAUUAUAUUAAACAAUAGAUAUAAAAGUUAAAAUCAUAUGUAUGUAUACUUUUUUAUUUAUCACUAUUAUUUAAUGGAAUUUCUUUUUUUUCCUUUUUUUUUGUUACUCUCUGUUUUAGUUGAUAUAUCUUCAUUGCUUAUAACAUGAAGCUCAUCACCUAUAUGGUCUUCUGUAUUCAGCUUUUUUUUGUUCUUUGACGAAUUUUGGUUUUUUUCAGAUGUCAUAUAUGGGUCUAUGGAGCUUUCUUUUCGCUUUUUAUUCCGGUUCGAACAGACAGAAUUAUGAAUCGUGAUUUCAUUUACAUCUAGAACUUCUUCUCGAACAAUAUCGGUAGUCAC